UUGACUUGCUUUGGUCGUUACAUCAUAUCCUUCUUGUCGCCUCCCAUACAAUAGCACCCACCACCUUCGUCACUCACCUCCGUCAUCAUGGCUCCUUCCGAAACCAAAGGCACGGAGAACUCUUCGUCAGACUCUACAGUGAAGGGCAAGAAAACUACCGACAACAAGCCUGAGAUCAACGUCGCGAAUGCCGAGACCGACCGGCCUCUAGCACCUCCGCCCAAGCCUGGUGAAGCCGGCGACUACUUCUCGAGCCAGCUAAGCCUCGAGCCGAACCCAUUUGAACAGUCGUUCCGCACAGGAAGCACAGUCGAAACCCCCGGUGGAACGAAGUUGCCCAGUGUGGCUGCCUUGACAUCUCCUUCAUCACUCCUCCCCGGAACCGGGACGACACCAUUCAACUGGGGAGGCGGCUCACUACGCACCGGCCCUUUAAGCCCAGCUAUGCUGUCGGGUCCUGCAAACGACUACUUUGGUGACACUUCGCACAUCACCCGCGGAACAGGCUUCACACCCAACGAAAGUUCAUUGCGAACCGGACUCACGCCAGGUGGAAGCGGUUCUAUGUUCCCUGCUGCCAGUCCAAACUCACAAGCUUUAUUCGCCCAACUCGCUAGUGGAGGCGCCACUCCCAGCACUCUUGACUUCCACCGGACAGCAAUGAGCGCUGCUGCAGCCAAGCAGCAGCAGAACCGCGAGCCUGUACAGGGCAAUCAGUCUGCAGUCACGUCCGCUCCAGACGCGAGUGGUCCAGCCAUCAAGGCAGAAGCCAAGCCAGCUUCUGGUGCCUUUGACCCGCACGAUAACGACGCGGCAAACGGCCUCUUCAUGUUGGCGCAAGGCGCCCAAGGCCGUAGUAACGCGCCGACACAGCCUCAGCAAUACCCCGUUGGCGGUACACAGGCUGCACACGGCCACCCCGGAUCCACACACCCAGGCCAGUCCAACACGUCGCCCCACAUGAACGGGAACGGCGCUUCACUUGCUCGUGGCGUAAGUGAAGCUGCAAGUGGAGUAUCUGAAGGUAGUGAGAACGCCAAGCCCGCGCCCAAGGGUAAGGGCAAGAGAGGUUCGACUGCAGCUGCCAAUGGGCGGAGGAAGGCCGAAGAGCCGUCUGCCAAGCAGCCUGCGAGCAAGAAGGCAAAGACAGCGCCAUCAGAGCCGAUGAGUGAUGAGGAAAUGUCCGAAGAUGAAGAUGACGAUGCUCCCGGACCCGACGGAAAGCCAAAGUCGAAGAUGACCGACGAGGAGAAGCGCAAGAACUUCCUCGAGCGGAACAGAGUGGCUGCCCUGAAGUGUCGGCAGCGCAAGAAGCAGUGGCUCGCCAACCUGCAGAACAAGGUUGAGAUGUUUAGCAGCGAGAAUGAUGCCUUGACCGCGCAAAUCUCGCAACUGCGCGAGGAGGUUGUCAAUCUCAAAACACUGCUACUGGCGCACAAGGACUGCCCCGUGACGCAGCAGCAAGGGUUACAUGGCGCGUUUAUGCAGCAGGCCAUGGACUCCUACAACCCACAGAUGAACCCCUACGGCAUGGGUGCCCCCAUACCAAACCAGCCUGUCAUGGCUGGGCAGGGUGUGCAACGACGCUUCUCCUAAGAGGUAUAGCUUCGGUCAUUCCUCAUGUGGUGCCCUCAGUCAUGUGGCAAGUCAUCAGUGACUGAGGAGGUCUGAGGUUGUACUUGGUGCCACAGCUUACCAUGAAAGUGGAAGCAUAUAUUGGCUUACCAUACUACACUGACGGUCUCAUUUAUGAAAUCAUCCU